AAGAUCUUUAAGUAAUACACUCAAGUAUUUAAGAAGUCUCAUUUUUAUAUAUAUCUUGUUGAAACUCAUUUUAUCUCCUUUUUUAAUGGAAAAUGCAAUAAAAAGAUUUUUAAUAUCUUAUCCCUUAUUUUACUGAAUAGAAUCCUGCCUUUAUGUUCAAUGUUAUUCUGUAAAUAAAUCUGGAUUUUAAAGACUAAUUUUAAUAGCAACAAUACUAUUUGUAACAUACUUUUUCUUUUCUUGGCCUUAGGAAAAUAUUCUAAUAAUUUAACUAUGAAAUUACAUACCCUUUCAUUUCCCAGAUCCACACCCUAAAGCCUUCCUUAUUUUUUAUUUAUCUCACCAGUUAGCCUCCUUUAGUGACAUUUACUGACAGCUCAUUCCUUUUCCUACUUUUCUGUUAUAAGGUCUUACUUUUCAGUGGAGGUCACAGUUUUGAAAGCUGUGGCCACAAAUGCUUUUAUGGUCCUUUGGAUGAGCUAAAUCAAAAGGGCAAUGAAAGGGACACAUUUUGCAACCAGAUGGCUCUGUAAUCCACAAUUAAUUUUCUAAUUUCUGCAUGAAAAUUAAAAAGAUAUAGUUUGAUUACAGAAUGUAUUUCAUAUAUAUGCAAGCACUUAAAACCUUUCUAAUUAUGUAUGCAAGGCCUAAACCAAUCUCAAGAAUUAAUGUCAGAUUCAGAGCAGAAUCUUAAAAUAUUGCUAAUCCAUUUUAAAAUGUAAAUGAAUUAAUCAUUUGGAGAAUGCAAAUUAAAAUGGCAAAAUACCACUACAUACCCAUUAAAAUAACUCAGUGAAACAGACAAUUUUCUAGGAAAAUACAAAUUAUCACAAUAGAAUCAGUCAUAGGAAACCUGAAUAGACCAAGAAUUAACUUUUACUCAAUUAAUCAAUAAGAAAAAGGUACUCCACUUGAGAAAAUGAGUUAAUGACAUACUUUUUUGUCAGGUUGACAAAAAUUUUAAAAGGACAGUAAUAUCUACUUUUGGUGAUAGCUUAGGGAGGCAAAUACUGUCAUAUAUAGUUGAUAAUAAAAAGAGUUGCUAAUACUUUCUUAUGAAUAAAUUGCCAAUUUAAUCAAAAAAGGGAAAAUGUUUUUUCUUUUGGUCUCUGAAAAUUUUCUUUUAGAAAUUCUUCCUAACCAACUAAAGAUGUAAAUUAAGAUUUUUCUAUAGGCGUGUUAAUCAUAAAGAACAUUAUUUUAAAAGAGUGAAAAAUUGGAAAGAUUCUAGAUUUCCUUGUAUAAAUUUUAUUACAUGAAUAUAUGAUCAUUAAAAAUGAACUGAUAUUUCAAUAUGUUAAUGAUAGAGUGUUGAACUUAAAAGCUCUUAUUAUACUCUAAGGAAUCAACAAAAUACAACUACACACAACAAUAUAGAGGGUUCUCACAAAGAUAUUUCACUAAAAGAAGUCAAUCACAAAAAAAUAUGUAUUAUAUUAUUCCACCUAUAUAAAGUACAUAAACAGGUAAAAACAAUUUAUGCUGUUAGAAAUCAAGAUAAUGUUUAACUUUUGGGGAGUUAAUAACUGGAGGAGAACAGAAAGGGGUCCCUGGGGAUGAUAGUAAUGUUCUUUUCUGAAUAUUGGUCCCGAUUGCAUGGGUGUGUUUGUGAAAAUUCUUCUAGCAAAUGACAGAAGCCAAGGUUUUCAUGUACUAAUCUCUAAAGAGGAGCCAGAAAAGAUAUAAAUAAGAUAUUAUGUAACAUAAAUACUUUAAAUAACCCUCCUUGGCCUGAUUCUAAAUCCUCAUACAAAAGGAUAUUGAUAAAAUAACCAGUUCAUUCUUCCCUUAUCUCUUCAUUCAUUCAACAGUUAAUUAUUGAGAAUUUCCUGUGUGCCAAGUCCGCUUCUAGUUAAUGAAGUGAGGAAAACCAUUAGGUCACUGGUCUCAUGGAAUUUAUAUUCCAGCUGGGAAGAUAAACAAUAAACAUUGUAACAUUCCAUUGAAAAUUAAUAUGUAUCACUUAGUGUUAAAAGCUAUACAGAGAUUAAUCCUUUGUCAGUUGCUUCAUUUGCAAAUAUUUUCUCCCAUUUUGAGGGUUGUCUUUUCAUCUUGAUUAUGGUUUCCUUGGCGGUAUAAAAGCUUUUAAGUUUCAUUACGUCCAUUUGUUUAUUUUUAUUUUUAUUUCCAUUACUCUACGAGGUGGAGUAGAUGGUGGAGUAGAGCAAGAAAGGAUCUUGCUGUGAUUUAUGUCAUAAAGUGUUCUGCCUAUGUUUUCCUCUCAGAGUUUGAUAGUGUCUGGCCUUACAUUUAGGUCUUUAAUCCAUUUUGAGUUUAUUUUUGUGUAUGGUGUUAGGGAGUGUCCUAAUUUCAUUCUUUUACAUGUAGCUGCCCAGUUUUCCCAGCACCACUUAUUGAAGAGGCUGUCUUUUCUCCAUUGUAUGUUCUUGCCUCCUUUGUAAAGCAGCCCAUGCAGCUCUUUAUCAAAAUAAACCAAACAACCCAAUCUGAAAAUGGGCAGAAGAUCUAAAUAGACAUUUCUCCAAAGAAGGCAUACAGAUGGCCAACAAAUACAUGAAAAGAUGCUCAACAUCACUAAUCAUUAGAGAAAUGCAAAUCAAAACCAUAAUGAGGUAUCACCUCACACCAGUCAAAAUGGCCAUCAUCAAAAAAUCUAGAAACAGCAGAAGCCGGUUGGAACCUGCGACGUCUUGUAGUUGUCUGAAGAUCCUUCAAUCACUAUGUCAAGCGACACAGAUGAUUCUCUUUCUUCAUAUGAUGAAGAUCACGGAUCUAAACUUAUCCGAAAAGCUAGAGAGGCAUCAUUUGUCCCCACUGGAAUGGCAGGUUUUGCAACAAUCGUUGCAUAUAGAUUAUAUAAAUUGAAGAGCAGGGGAAAUAGUAAAAUGUCUGUUCACCUGAUCCACAUGUGCAUGGCAGCCGAAGGCUUUGUUGUGGGAACAAUGACUCUUGGUAUGGGCGAUUCCAUGUAUCGAGAAUUCUGGGCAAAACCUAAACCUUAGAAGAGGAGACGUUGUCUUGGUCUCAUUGGUGGUGCUUGCUUUAGUUAGACAUCUCAUAUUGAGGUUAUAUGUUUAUGUUGAAAAUAAAUUCUUUGUGUCGGACAAUAACAUGGUAAUUUGAAUACUGGCUUCCUUUCUUGCAGGCUUGAUUUGCCUGGUGACCAGGUUACUGGUGACUAGUUCACUAGCUAGGUCAUUCAGGGGAGGCAGAUUAGCACAAAAACAUGUCAUUUUUAAAUGCUCUUGAUAGUGGUACAAUGUCCACCUUCUUAAACUCUUCUGAUGAAAUUAGUUUUAAAGAGGACAACAUGCCAAUCCUGAUAAUGCUCCCAGUUGCUGCAGAAUAUCAUAUGCUUUUGAUGUAAUAUAGGAAUCCUAUUUACCCCAGUUAAUUUAACUCUUUCUGACUGCCUUGUGGACUGAGUACUGUUUUAAGGGCUGGUUGGCUCUAGAGGAACCCUUUCAAAACAGUGCACAGAAUACAACAUUAUAAACCUCCUGGCAACUAUAUGUGUGUUUUUAAGCCAAACCUAAAAAGCUGGUAAGAGAGCUCCUUUGAAGUAGUAUUUAUUUCAGAAUCAUAGUUGUAAACAUGAGAAUAAAUUAACUGUAGAUCCCCAUUUAGCUCUUUUGUAAUUGCAGAAUUAUAUUUUGCUGCUGUUAUAUUAGAAUAAUUUUUGUGUCAUUUUGAAAUAGAAAUAUGAAUUUUAAGUGCUAAUGCAAGAGUAAAUGAAAAACACUUUUUAAAUGUGUGCAGUAUGUUUAUUUUCUCUGUAAGAAUCAUAAAUGUUAAACUAAAUAAAUUGCCUAUAAUGGAAGUGAUUUAUGAGCAAGCUGGUUUGGUCAGACGUUAUACAAACUUUGGUAUACUACAGAAUGCUUUGUUGUACUUGUGAAAUUCUCUUGUCUAACCUGAGUUUACAUUCCAUGAUGAUAACAUGGUAAAUGUAGUGUUAUUAAAGUAAGUGAACACAUCAAAAAAAAA